AUGUGUGAGGUGUGGAGUGCUGCGGAGUUCUUUGGACAUGUCCCUCUCACUGCUGUCCUCUGGCUUCUCAUGAUGACCGAGAGUGCAGGCAACUGUCCCCGGAGCUGCCACUGCUCCGAUAGAGGCGGGAUGGUAGUCCAGUGCAUGUCCCGCAGUCUGGAUACCAUUCCCUCUGAGCUGCCCCGAGACACAGCGGUCCUCCUGCUUUCCUCCAACAAUAUCAAACACAUCCCACGAGAGGCUUUCGGAGAGCUGCCACACCUAAAAGAACUCGACUUGUCCCACAACAACAUUGAGAGUGUGGAGGUGGGGGCCUUCCAUGGGGUCUCCGAGGGGCUGAGGAUGCUGGACCUUUCCAACAACCUCCUAAGCAGCCUUCCCAGAGAUACCUUCACACAUAUCCAUGCCCGGGUGCGCUUGUCCCACAACCCCUGGCACUGUGGAUGUGCUCUACAGGAGGUGCUGAGAGAGCUGAGGCUGGACCCAGAGACAGUCACCGAGGUGAGCUGCCACACCUCCAUACAGGACAAGUAUGUUGGGCAGCCGGUCAUUCACGUCCUGGACUCUGGGGUGAACUUUUGCACCUUCCACCAGAAGACUACCGACGUUGCCAUGUUUGUAGCCAUGUUCUGUUGGUUCAGCAUGGUGACAGCCUACAUCGUCUACUACAUCCGGCACAACCAGGAGGACGCGCGCAGACACAUGGAGUACCUCAAGUCUCUGCCCAGCACUGCACACUCCAGCAAGGACUACGAAUCAGCCAGUAGUGUCUUUUGA